AGUACUUUUAAGUAACACUCUGGUGUUCGUAAACAAAUAAAUCUAAGUUUCAUUUAGUAUUGUUUCAAAAAGUUCGUAGGUUCAUAUACCAAUAUCAGAAUAGGGCCGUACCAUUGGUGUUCGACAUUAGUUAUACAGUCAGAUGAGCUUUACCGAUUUCCCUGCACAGUGCGAUUAUAUCGGCCGGUGGUACAGGCCGCUAAUUUGUCACAUUUAAUUCAUUAAUUACUAAAAUAAAGCCUAAAAAUGAAAUACGCGGUUGUUUUGGUGGUGCUAUCAGUGUGCGUUCCUCUGGGUCUCUCGAUCCGCUGCUACGAGUGCAACAGCGCCAACAACUCGAUGUGCCUGGACCCCACCAGCUACGACCAGGAAACCCUCAACAAGUUCAUCAAGAUGACCAACUGCGCCAGCGGCGUCUUCUCGCCGGAUAACCACCAGUUCUUCUGCAGGAAGAUCGUGCAGACCAUUUUCCACAAACACCACGACUCGGAGGUGAGGGUAACCCGUGGCUGCGGCUGGGUACGUCACCACCGGGACUGCUACAAGGCUGACAACGAGGACCACCUGGAAACAGUCUGCCAGUGCUUCUCUGAUGACUGCAAUGCUGCCACCAUUCCAGAACAUAGCAAGUGGAUUGCGUUUGCCUCAAUAGGCAUUAUAGGGUUGAGGAGUCUGAUGUGAACAAUAAAGAGACGUAGCUAGACUGUCA